AUGUAUGUCGUAUAUUUGGUGUGGGCGUACACCCCGGAGGACGUCCUGGUGCGACUGGGCGUGACCUACUAUCCGGACAAGUAUUGGGCACUUGCUGUUCCAUGUUGGAUCUGCGUGCUCGUGCUGUACGGCGCGUGGAUGUACGAGGGAGUGAACAUGAUGAGCGUCAGGAACCUGGACGACCCGGAUCUGAUCGCGGAGGAAAAUGGGUUCAUCGGGAGCGAGGCGGACGAACCCGACUUGCCGGGGUCGGUACCUUCCAUGAGGGACACGCCCGUCGAGGAGGUGAACAGAGUCCUGUUCCUGACGAAGGGCAGGCGGGUCAGAACGCGACGGGUGGGUGAGAAGCGGUGA